GAUGGCCAAGCGGAAGGGUGCUCUAUUUCCCCCGUAUCAUGGGAACGAGAAUCAUCCAAGAGUACGAAAGCCUGAGGCGGGAACGACGAGAUCGACCCUCGCUUUGAUCAUGGGCUUUCUGGCAUGUGUGGCCGUGGUGCAGCUGUUGCUCUCCGGGAAGGCUUGGAGUUAUUCUGCAGAGGGCACUAGCUUAGUGCUGGCUUUGCCCGAGUUGCCGGAUAACUUUCGGGAUUGGGCCCAGUACUCGCCAUGGUAUGCUGUUGAGGAGUAUGUAACUCCGCCACAGGGAUGCAGUGUAACGCAGGUCAAUAUUAUCCAGCGGCACGGAGCGAGGUAUCCUACCUCAGGUGCGGCUCAACGCCUUACCUCUGCGCUGGCCAAGCUGCAGUCCGUACAAACAUACACGGAUCCCAGCUUACGCUUCCUCAAAAUGUUCAAGUACGACCUGGGCACGGACGACCUCGUUGGUCUUGGUGCCACCCAAUCCUUUGAAGCUGGUCAAGCCGUGUACCAGCGAUAUGCUGGCCUUGUAAAUGAGAGCAGUAUACCGUUCGUGCGCGCGUCCGGCUCGACACGAGUGGUGGAUUCAGCUUCCAAUUGGACAGCAGGAUUUGCACACGCUAACGGAGGUCUAUACGCCCCAAAAGUAUCUGUCAUCAUCGAUGAAUCCCUGAACGACACCCUCGACGAUGCCAUGUGCCCUAAGGCUGGUAGCAAUGACGCUCAAACAGACGCGUGGCUGUCGGUCUUCGCGCCCAAUAUCACGGCGCGAUUGAACGCUGGUGCACCAGGGGCGAAUCUCACUGACGUCGACACGUACAACAUCAUGACGUUGUGCCCCUUUGAGUCCGUCGCAAAGGAGAACACGAGCGCGUUCUGUAGGCUCUUCACUGAUGAGGAGUUUGCGGGGUUUGAAUACAUGGGGGACUUGGAUAAAUACUACGGUACUGGGUACGGGCAGCCACUCGGUCCCGUUCAAGGUGUCGGCUACAUCAACGAGCUCCUCGCACGGCUCACGGGACAGCCAGUACAGGAUCACACGCAGACCAACUCAACGCUCGACUCGUCGCGCGCGACGUUCCCGCUGGACCGCACGAUCUACGCGGACUUCUCGCACGACAACGAGAUGGUGGCGAUCUUUGCCGCCAUGGGACUGUUCAAGCAGUCCGCGCCGCUGGACCCGCGGCAGCCGGAUCCGGAUCGGACGUGGCUCACGACGCAUAUUGUGCCGUUCUCGGCGCGGAUGGCGGUGGAGAGGCUGGCGUGUGUCGGACAGGAGCAUGUCAGGAUUUUGGUGAACGAUGCGGUGCAGCCGCUCGAGUUUUGUGGAGAUGGGACGGGGUUGUGCGAGCUUGGGCGGUUUGUAGAGAGUCAGGCGUACGCGAGGAGUGAUGGGGAGGGGGAUUUUGAGAAGUGUUUUAACUAACAGGAUCACUUUGGAUUGUCCUCUGUAUCUUUGACCUGCUUAAUAGUACGGCACAUACACGUGUUACUCUUGUGUCUUGCAUAGUGCACUGAGGACUGGCACUUCCUGAAGUGGUUCUGGC